AUGCCCCGGGGUCAAAAGAGUAAGCAGCGGGCCCGAGAGAAGCGCCGCCAGGCCCAGACCCAAGGAGAAGAAUCAAAGGAUGGGGAGCAUGCACAAGCCACCGUAGUAGAAAAAGAAGAGUCACUCUCUUUCUCAGCUUCCAAUACCAAAUGUAGUAUCCAAGGGCCACCUGCUGCUGGAGCACCUGGCACUGAGCAAAAGCCUGAAAGAGCCACUGGUGCUGUUGCAGCUGAUUCACACACCAGCAGCCAGGUUGGCAGAAAGCCAAAUGCCCAAGGUGCUGCUAAGCAUUUGCAAGGGGGCCCUCUAGCAGAGAAGGUUGCCAUGCUGGUACAUUACCUGCUCAUAAAGUAUCAGCUGAAAGAGUCUGUUACCAAGUCUGAUAUGCUGAAAAAUGUAGUCCAGACAUACAAGAAUCACUUCCCUGAGAUCCUGAAGAAAGCUUCGGAACGUCUGGAGCUGGUGUUUGGCCUUGAUCUUAAAGAAGUGGAUCACAACAGAAGCAUUUAUGUCCUGGUCAACAAAUUGGAGGCCAACUGCAACACAACAGUGAAUGAGAGCAGUGGUGUGCCGAAGACGGGCCUGCUGAUGAUUAUCUUGGGUGUGAUCUUCACCAAGGGCAACUGCGCCGCUGAAGAGCAAGUCUGGGAUGUGCUGAGUAUGAUGGGAAUAUAUAAAGAUAGCAUUCACUUCAUUUUUGGGGAUCCGAAGAAGGUCGUUACUGAAGAUUUGGUGCAGGCCAAGUACCUGGAAUACCGCCAGGUGGCGAAUAGUGAUCCUCCACGCUAUGAGUUGCUGUGGGGCCCAAGAUCUUAUGCUGAAACCACCAAGAUGAGAGUCCUUGAGUUUUUGGCCAAGAUCCAUGAUACAGUGCCCAGUUCCUUUCCAACCUGGUACGAAGAGGCACUGAGAGAUGAGGAAGAGCGAGCCCAAGCCCGAGUUGCAGCCAGGGCUCGCAUUAGUGCCAUAGCCAGUGCCCGUUCCAAGGCCUUGUCCAGCAGCUUGUGCCCCAAAAAACUCAUCAUGCCUAGGGGUCAGAAGAGUAAACUCCGUGCCCGGGAAAAACGCCGUCAGCUCCAAACAGAUCCUGAAAAUCUGGUGGGUGCACAAGCCCCUAUAUCAAAGGAAUCUGAAUCUUCUCCCUCCUCAUCUCAUUCCAAGGAUGGGCCCCAGGAUUCACUUACUGAGCCACGCAGCAAUCUCCAAGAUUCUAAGCCAGUCACAUCCACCACGACUGCUGAAGCUGUUCCAGCCAAAGGAUCAGAUGAAGGCACCAGAAAACCAGGAUCCACCCAAAGCCAGUCAGCCACAAACAGAUUCCCCAAUGGUCCUCUAGAUGAGAGGAUAAUUAUGCUAGUGCAUUAUCUGCUGUACAAGUAUCAAAUGAAACAGCCUAUUUGGAAGGCAGAAAUGCUGAAAAAUAUAAUCCAAACAUACAGAAGCCAAUUCAAUGAGAUCCUGAGGAAAGCAUCUGAGCACCUGGAGCUGAUUUUUGGCCUUGACCUGAAGGAAGUGGAUCCCAACAAGCACAUCUAUGUGCUUGUCGACAAAUUGGAAUCAAAUUGUGAUGGGAGGCUGAGUGAUGACAUAGGUGUCCCCAAGACUGGCCUGCUGAUGACAAUCUUGGGUGUGAUCUUUACCAACAGCAAUUGUGCCGCUGAAGAGAAAGUCUGGCAAGUGUUAAACAUGAUGGGGCUAUAUGAAAAGAGCGAGCACUUUGUCUUUGGGAAUGUUAGGAAGCUCAUCACCCAAGACUUCGUGGCAGAUAAGUACCUGGAAUAUCGCCAGGUGCCUGAUAGUGAUCCUCCACGCUAUGAGUUUCUGUGGGGUUCAAGGGCUCAUGCUGAAACCAGCAAAAUGAAAGUCCUUGAGUUUUUGUCUAAGAUCCACGAUACCGUGCCCAGUGCCUUCCCAGAUUGGUAUGAAGAGGCACUGAAAGAUGAGGAAGAGCGAGCCCAAGCCCGAGCUGCAGCCAAGGCUCGCAUUAGUGCCAUGGCCAGUGCCCGUUCUGCAGCCAUGUCUAAGGGCGCCUCUCAUUCUCAAUAA